UGCUCGAGCGGAGCACCACCACCUCCCCGUCCGACGGAGCCAGGCAGCCCACUGCCCGCCGGGGCCCACAUGUCGGCACCUAAACAAAAUCGUCCGUCUCUCUCUCCCUCGCUCGCGUCUCCCCUCCUCGUGUCCCCCACCCAUUUCGUCGGCCUCGCCUCGCCUCGCCUCGCGUCUCUUCUCUCCCCUCCUCGCCACCCCGAAUUAGUAGAAGCCACGAAUCCGCGGCGGCCGGCCGGCCUCUCCCCAACGGAGAAACCCUAGCUUCCGCUGCCCCGCCGUUGACCGGAGCUCAGCCCCACCCCUGCUGUUAGCUGCGGCGGGUGGGCGUGACCCGACUACCCGAGCUCCUCGCUGCCGCUGUAAGAUCUGAACGGCGUCUAGGUUUUCGGGGGCUGAGGGCGACCUACUUCGUUGGUUGCUGCGAAGGCGACAGAGGCGACCAUGGCGGGGCCCAAGUUUGGGUCGUUCAAGGCGGAGAAGGCGGACUCGGCGGCGGCUGCCGGCGCAGCGGCGCAGAGGAGGGACCCGUACGAGGUGCUCGGGGUGGGGCGAAAUGCCACCGAGCAGGAGAUCAAGAGUGCCUUCCGCCGUAUGGCCCUCAAGUACCAUCCAGAUAAGAAUGCAGACGACCCUGUUGCCUCAGAGAAGUUCCAAGAAGCUACAUUCUCUUAUAACAUCUUGUCAGAUCCAGAUAAGAGGCGCCAGUACGAUUCAUUGGGAUUCGAGGCCAUUGAAGCAGAUAGUCAGGAACUGGAGCUGGACCUAUCAAGUCUCAAUACUGUAAAUACAGUGUUUGUUGCUCUGUUUAGCAAGCUAGGUGUACCGAUCAAGACCACUGUCUCAGCAACAGUUUUAGAAGAGGCACUGAACGGGUCAGUAGAGAUUUCUCAGCUUCAUCUGGGAAAAUCUGUAUGUAGGAAGGUGGAAAAGCAGUCAGCUCACUUUUAUUCUGUGGACAUAACAGACAAAGAAGCCAAAAUGGGCUUAGUGUGUAGAGUUCAUUCAACUGCUAAAAGUAAAUUUAAGUUGCUGUAUUUUGAUCCUGAGGAAAAUGGUGGAUUAAGCCUUGCCUUACAGGAGGAUAGUGCAAAGACUGGGAAAGUUACUUCUGCGGGGAUGUUCUUUCUAGGCUUUCCUGUGUAUCGAUUUGAACAAAAUAAUUCGGCUGCUACUGCAACGGAUCCUGACAGUGCAUUCUUUAAAAGACUGGAUGGCUUUCAACCAUGUGAAGUAAACGAACUGAAAGCAGGAACCCAUUGUUUCGCUGUCUAUGGUGAUAAUUUCUUCAAAAGUGUGAGCUAUACUAUAGAGGUUGUAUGUGCUGAACCCUUUUCCGCCGAAAAGGAGAAGCUACGAAGUGUGGAGGCGAAGAUACUUGCAAAACAAUCUGAGCUGUCUAAAUUUGAGUCCGAGUACAGGGAGGUUUUAGCGAAGUUCACUGAGAUGACCAGCAGAUACGCUCAAGAAAUGGAAACAAUUGAUGAGCUUCUAAACGAAAGAAAUGCAAUUCAUGCAUCCUAUACCAACAACCCAACUCUGCAGCGGAGUUCCAGUAGCAGCAAAGGGAAAUCACCCUCUACUGGGUCCAAAAGUGAUGAUGACCAAACUGUAAAGAAGGAAAAGAAAUCAAAGAGCCAGCCCAAGGAGGGAUCCAGAAGCGACGAUGAAGGUCCUAAAAGUAAAAAGGAAAAGAAACCUAAAGAUCGGCUUCAAAGGAAGAAGUGGUUCAACAUUCAUUUGAAAGUAGACAAGAGAAGGCCUUGCUGAGAAUUGUAAUGUAUUAUUUUGUUCUGAAUCUAUCACAUUCAGUAGGUGUUCACGCGAGCUUACCGCUCUCAGGAAACAGGAAGGGAUUUCCAUUUGACCUCCGAAAGAUGUGGCCUUGUUUUUCAUCUUUUCUUCCCGUGAUUGUACCAUUUUGUUUCCUGAAAAGUCAGGAAGCUCGUCAGUUUCAGAAAUGAUGUAAAGAAAUGUAUCACGUAGUUUUUGGGACCCUCACUGGUAGUCUGAUACUGUUUUAUUUCGAUCCUAAGUUAUGACGGUUACCGAUGAAUGUACACAAGGGGUAUUGGUAGUGAGUAAUGUUGCACACUGCGGCCAGGAUCCGAUUCACAUUCGUUCGAUUUGUUUGAUGAUGUCUGUGUUGACAUUACUAUCCAGUGUGAUUGUAAA